GUUCCGCGGUGUCGCGGUGGCCGAUGGUAUUAUCCCGCGAGUAAAGUGGUGCUGCCUGCGCUCCUCGAAUUCUCUCGCGGAUUUAUUCUCGCCUCCCCGCGGACGUGCGACGCCGAGCAUCCGGUCGACUUGGCUACCAAAAUGGCCGCGCGCUGAGAGAGAGCUUCCCCCGGGUUCCCUGGUGCCGCGGCUCUCAACGGCCGAUCCGGACCCCUUUCGGCUGCAGGUGCUCAUUCUUUUUUUUUUAACGAUGACGUCGGCACAGAAAGAACGCCUCGGAUAGGAUCCUUCACUCGCGCGGGAAGGAAGGAGGAAAGGAGGGAAGAAGCGGAGAACGAAAAGGAAUCGACGUUGGAGCCAGAUCGGCCUCGCCGAAGCGAGCAGGAGCGACUGGACUCGUCCAUGCCGGGCAGGGCGGAAGGACUCAGCAACAGCAGCAGCAGCAGGUGGAUCUCGGGAGUGUGAGAGGAAAAAAUCGCUGGUGGAAGACACGCGGAAGCGUGACGUCGUAAAGGACGCUCUGUGUGUCGUCUCUUACCAGAGACUGGUUUCCCUCGCGAAAACACGCUCCCACGGAAGGAUGUCGCUGAGAACGGGACGCUCGACGCUCCUCGCGUCGCUCCUGACGCUGCUGAUGACGAUAAUGACAAUGACGUCCUGGCGAACCGCCCACGCUCACGUGGCUCUGACAUUCCCGCGAGCCAGGCACUACGAUCUGGACUUCCUGGACAACGCCAGGACGCCGGCUCCGUGCGGCAUGCCGCGUGGCCAUAUCAAGACGUCGUUACUGGCAGGAAGCAAUUUCAACGUCACAUGGCAUCUCGCCUAUCCCCAUAGGGGAGGAUUUCGCCUUCAGAUCUUAGACUUUUACGACAGGCCUCUGAUGGACCUGACGCCCAUCACGCAAAGCAGCGAGUUUGUCGAGAACGACGCCACGGCGCAAAGCUAUGCCGUGCAGCUGCCGCAAAAUUUCACCUGCACGGACUGCACCAUCAGGCUGCUGCGGGAGGCCGAGGAAUGGGGCUCGAGCUAUAGAUUUUGGUCUUGCGCCGACAUCGACAUCCGCGAUAGGAAAGACUACCGGGAGGACUGUAGCGGUCACGGACGUUACCUGCUAGGCAGGUGCAGGUGCGACCGUCUUUACCACGGCACGAGGUGCGAAUUUAAGGAGGAGUGCCUGGAAGACUCGGACUGCGGUAUUCAGGGCACGUGCAUCGACAAUGGUGGCACGACCGCGCCUACCAAGCAAUGCUACUGCAACGCCGGCUGGUUCGGGCCGGGUUGCGCGAAGAAAUCACCGGUGAAGAGCAUCGAUGUAAAUUUGGACGCGUAUACGAUGAAACGAUUCUCCGACGACAUUAUAUUCUACUGGCGAAUUCUGAAGGAGAGCAAGGAGCUGGAGGGCAUUCUCGUGGCCAACUCCACGACGUGGAUCGGUAUCGGAUGGAGGCCGAGCGAUCUCGGUCCGUCUUGCCGAUCCUUCCCCAUGAUCAAGGAUAUACCCGAACCACUUCCGCAGCCGGAGCCGAAAUCGGAAUCGAUCAACAAAUCGACGCCCAAACCGGAACCGGAGCCCGAGCCCGAGCCCGAGCCGGAGCCCGGCGCGGAAGGCGAGAAAUCGAUAGCGAAGAGACGAUCGGCUUUCGGCGUCUACGGCGUAACAUCGCGACCGGAUGUCGAUGUUACCGUGCAGACCAGCGUGACCUAUCAAGUUAGCACGAAGCAAGGCCGCAAGAGGAGAUCUCCAAAAUCAUCCACGGCCUCUGCGCUUGGGAAACAGGUCGGUGAGUCGAGCGCCGUCGCCGAGCCGGAACCUACCUCUGAGCCAGAACCAAAAUCCGAGCCUGAACCCAGCUCCGAGCCAGAGCCGAAAUCCGAGCCUGAACCCAGCUCUGAGCCAGAACCAAAAUCCGAGCCUGAACCCAGCUCCGAGCCGGAACCGAAAUCCGAGCCUGAACCCAGCUCUGAGCCGGAACCGAAAUCCGAGCCUGAACCCAGCUCUGAACCGGUACCAAAAUCCGAGCCUGAACCCAGCUCUGAGCCGGAGCCUAAAUCCGAGCCUGAACCCAGCUCCGAGCCGGAGCCAAAAUCCGAACCAGAACCCAGCUCCGAGCCAGAGCCGAAAUCUGAACCAGAACCCAUCUCUGAGCCAGAGCCGAAAUCUGAGCCGGAGCCGAAGUCCGAACCGGAACCAAAUUCCGAGCCUGAGCCAAAAUCCGAGCCGGAACCUAGUUCUGAGCCAGAACCAAAAUCCGAACCGGAGCCUAAUUCCGAGCCGGAACCAAAGUCUGAACCGGAACCCAAAUCUGAACCAGAACCCAACUCGCAACCGGAGCCAAGUGCGGGCCCGAGAUCGGGAGCGACGAAAGCAUCGUUGCCGACGCCGGGGCACAAGUACACGCCCAAGCACGACUUCAACCCCAUGGACUGCACGGACAUUAUAAUCGGCACGGCGCGAGGGACGAGUUACAGGAUCGGCGAUUAUUACACGAGGGACAGGUCGACGCCGCGCAGGGACGCGUACUGGGACGGGAGGGACAGCCUGACGGCCGCGUUCGGCUACGAACGCGACGGCGUCACGACGAUGCUCUUCCGCAGGAAGCUGGCCGCGAGCGAGCCGACCGAUCACGAGAUCCGCGACGGUAAUAUGCAGGUGAUUUGGGCGAAAGGUCAAGAGCCGGGCAGAUACGUACACCAGCCGGCUAGCGGGAUCGAAAAGGCCAAGGUCGGCGUCAAAGACUUCUACAAGGUCGACGAGCUCAAAUAUCACGGGCACAAAAUGCAGAGAGGCGCGGUCACCAUGAAUUUCUUCGAUGAAACUAAGAAGCCGGAAUUUGCCGGCGGUGUAGCGUCGCAAGACGGUAUCUGCGGUGGUCAGUGGCGUUAUCCGAGAAAUUGCUCGCCGGAAAACGGCACUUGCGAAUACGCCAUACAAUGGACGUACAAGGGUAAAAAGGAUCUGAUAACGUUCGUAAUCUCCACGACGAAUACCAAUAUGUGGACCGGAGUUGGAUUUUCUGACGACAAUAGCAUGUCGCAGACCGAUGCCGUGCUCGGCUGGGUCGAUAAAACAAACGGUCGAGCUUUCGUGAUGGAUACCUGGAUCAGCGGCUACAACGCGCCGUUGCUGGAUCUGUCGCAGGACGUCUACAACAUCAGCGGCCGCAUCGAGAACGGCGUAACCACCCUCCGGUUCUCGCGAAAACGCGUGACGAAGGACAGCAAGGAUCUCUCGUUUACGGACGAUCACUGCCUGUAUAUGAUGUUCCCGGUGAAGGGAGGCGUAUUCAAUCCGAUCAAUAAGAAGAUCCGAAAGCACGACGCGAAACCGGUCGUUUCCACAGACAGAAUAUGCAUCAAGUCCUGCGGCCUGGAAGAAAUCGAAGACCAAACCACGCCCGCCCCGCCUAGAUUGCAUUACGAUAUUGAAGUUAAGCUCGUUAACUUGGGUGAUGGAUUUAUGGCUCCCACACCUGACAGCCCCGACUUCGAAGUGAUCUCGAACAGGAUAUCGGAGAGCUUCGGACCGGUCUUCGAGAAACUUCCGGGCUACUAUCAAGUCCGACUCGACGAGUUACGAAAAGAUAACGAGCAGGGAGUGAUCGCGCGCAUGAACCUGAUCGUCGACAAGAACGAGGCCAAGGGUAGGUCGUUGAAACCCGCGGACACCGGCUUAGAAGCGGAAAAAGCGUUGCGCGAGGCACUCGUGACUGGCAAGGUCGGUGCACUCAGCGUCGAUCCGCAGUACUUAAUAGUGAGAGCACCCCGAGUAAACGACAUAGAGACGGAAGAUGAGAACGAUCGACCGCCUUCCGCGACGGACUUGUUCCUGGGCGCGACGAAGUUUUAUAUCGUCGUCGGUUGCGUGGCAGCAUUGCUGGCCCUCGCACUGCUCCAGGCCAGUUGCACUCUCUACAGGAGCUCGAAGAGACGAGCGACCAAGGAACGUUUGAUCGCCAGUAAUGCCUGGAAGGACUACGCUUCCGGCGCGAACACGAACUUCGCAUUCGAGGCGUUCGAAACGGAGGAGAAGGCGCCGCCGCCGCCGAUUUCCAGUCUGCCGAGAGCCAGGGAGAUGACCGGCAACGGCAUGACCAGCAUGAAUGGUACCGACGCGGUCGAGGGGCCCAACAGGAUGGUCGGACCCAGGGCGACCUACAGUCUUCCACGCGCCCCCGGUGCCAGACACUCGGCGCCCAUCCAGCACGGUUAUUACACGCAAGACCGCAGGGACCAUUACGGGCGGCCCAAGAGCAUGCACAAUCCGGGUGCGGCAGCCCAGGCGAAUCAACCGGACUUCUACUUCAUGCCCAGCCAACGAAAGUACAGCGGCGAGGUCGUGCGCGUUUACGUGGAUUACGGCAACCAGAUGCCGAAGUAAAAACAAGGGAAGGAAGUUCAGGUCAAAUCGCGAGAACGAUUUACCCGCUUCACCCGAAGCGAUCUGUAUAUAUCCGAGUUGUAGUGACAGAGGACGCGGAGAAAGGACUACGCAGCCCCUGUGCGGUGCUACUUUUUUUUCUAUCUCUGUUUCUUCUUUUCCCGUGACUUCCCUUUCCCGAAGGCCCACCCGAAUCGAGUCGCUGGGUUUGAGGUGUGUACGAGGAGGGAGGUUGCCCCCCCCCUCCCCCGUACAGAAGCAUAGAAGUGGCGCUUACGACCAAAGAAGAUAUCCAUGGGGCGCGCGCCCUACAAUUUUGUUAUAGAGCGCAUGAACUCUCGUCGAACUUUUGUGCUUUUGCGGUGGAGAAACUGUAUAAUUAUAUAUAUAAGUAAGUCUCAUGUAGUAGUCGAGAAUCUGACAGUCCGAGGGAUCCCUGGGUCCAAAAAAAUACGAAUCUUACGAUCUAGCAGUAUGUACUCGAAGAUUCAAGAAAGACCCAGGGGCCAUAUAGCUUAAUAUCAAGAAAAAUAAGACUCGAAAGACCCACGGAUCCGAGAAUAACAGGAUUCGAACGAUCCUGAAAUUCGAGAAUUCGAAGACCUGUAAAAAAAAAAAAAUUAAACAUGUACCUAAGUUUAUCUCGCUCGACGAAUACGCGUCGCGUUUGUAUCGCGCGACAGAAUACUGACACGCUCAGUUAUGUUAUCUACAUCAUCUACUCUAAAGAGCAAGCGUGGACGCGCGUUUGAGCAAUAAAAACAUUUGUACAUUUUCAAACGAAAGCUGA